AUGCUCAUUUCUUUGCGACUUGCGGUCUUUGGCUCUCAUCAUCCUCGACCGCGCCUUUCAUCAACAGUUCACCUUCAAGAUAGACUUGAUACCCACUUUGCUCGUUAUCACUCCUUUGAUGAGCAAUUCGUACUCCUCGAUCUACCAUUAGGGACAUCGCGACGGAGAAUGAAGGAGGGUCACAUGGUGAGGCCUGAGACCGAAAUCCUGGUGCACAUCGCUGCACCUGCCAGAGCCGCCGACGAUGUGAGACACCGAGCGUUGGCGAGGGCAUAUCUUGACUUUGAACCUUCGAAUGUCACAGAAGUCCAGCCCCGUGUCCGGGGCGAGGUGGAAGGAGACACACAGCUAAGCCGGAGAGAAUUUGUUGGAUAUGGAAUUCAUCAAGCGCCGCCAUCCUCACAACUGAACCGUGGGAUUGAAUCGCCAAUCCUGUCUUUUCAGAGCGCUGAGCAUAAUUUCGACUCUCCUGGGCUACGAGCUGUUCCAGUAACAGAACAUGGUAUCAGCGAGACACAGUCGUCAUGGCAAGCACCGCCCAGCGAGAUCCCAGACUCGAUGCCGAACAACCACCCACCGUUUGAGAUUUUUUGCACACCAUCAAGGGCUUUGGACUUCUUCACAUCAUCACUAGAUAGCCAGCACGUAGACUCAUCACCUCUUGCUCGUCGGAGAUCUCAAAGGCUGGCCACGGCAUCUGAAUUUGGAAGCCACCUGUGCUCGCAGCCUCGAAGGAGCCCUCGCCGACCUAACAUUCGUCAAGCGCCCGGAGCACCAGAGAUAGGUUCACUUCAGCCAAGCAGCGUGCCGGAACCAAGCCUACCUCGACUGAGAAUCCCGUCAAUUCCUCCACAGUCAAGCUCUUAUCCGGGCUCAACCCGAGAUCCAAUCAACAACAGGCAACUCCGAGCACGACCGCACAGCUCACUCAACAAGGAGCUCCAUCUGCCGUCACCUUCCGAUCCUGCAAAUAAAAUUAUCCCCCAGUCUCCAGACAUCUGUGUUCAAAAGCGCCCGCCCCCACAACCAUCACAGCUGUCCACGAGCGAUAUCAUUGAGGAGACGGUACUGUACUCUUCGAACCCUAGCCAAACAUCAGUCCCUUGUUCCCAAGAACCGCCGGCCCUCGCUCGGGCAGACUCAGAGCCCAUCGCAAAACGCAGACGGACAGCCGCCGACCCUCAGCCUGGCCAACCUCUAACCAGAAGCACCAGCGACAUUGGUCCUCGUCGCCAACCACUCGUCCAACUCAUCUCGAAUAAGCCGACUACUUAUUACAAGUCCAAGCUACAGAUAUACGCCCCUUCACCCCCAGCAGCGCAGACAGAUCUCAGACCUGAGGACGUUAUCAGUCCGGUGUUGGCAAAACUAGCUACGGAGCUGGAUCUUUCCGUUCGGUUUAGGCCACAGUCGCAAACUAGGGAGUUGCGCCCCUUUGAGCGAGGAUACUGGCUGGUAGAUACCGCCUCGUGGCCAGCAGACUUGAAGUUGUCGGCUUGGAUGUUUCUAACUGACUACAUUGAGAAGGGGAUCGCGGGUUGGGGCACAAGCUGCUCUCGAGAUCAAGAUUUUAGGUGGCUGAGGCUCAGGUGUUGGGGGUGCGUGGUUGGACACAUGCACCUCCUUCUCUAUGUAGCCAUCAGAAGACAAGUGAAAGAUAUGGGGAUGAAGUGGUUUGGAGGGGACGGGGAGGCGGUAGUGGUGAUGGCACCUCGAUAA